GUUUUUUCGUGGCGCGCUGUUCGACUAAGCAUUUUAUGACAAUUUGAAACAAAUUAAACUGCGUAAUUAUAAAUGCUUCUUUUAUGAAUCUGAAAAUUUGAAGAAUAUUGGAUUAAAGAUGCUGUAUCAUAUGUAUUGCUCAAGGAUUGAAAGCAUUUGAUUGACAGAAAUCUGGAAAUUUAAAGAAUUCUAGAUUAGACAUAUUACCACAGGAAAUAUUGAGUGUUAAGCCGAAAAAAAAAUUAAAGAAAAGAAAAUUAAUGUGACAUCAGCUAACCAAAAUAGAAUUCAUCACAUUUUUCUUUCUUUCUGAUAAUUUACAAAUAUUACCUUUUUCAGAAGUAAAUACUAUUUUCUAAAUCCAGAUAAAAACUAGCUACAUCUCAGUCACAUAAGAGUUUUAUUCUUUAGAGAGCAAAAUUUCUUGAAUAAUAUGACAUCAAAACAUAAAACUAAUGAUAUGACUGAGACUUUUCUCCAAACUGAAAAUCUGCAAACUGCAGGUGUCCAUGAUUCUAAUAUAAAAAAAUACAAAGGUAAUUCUUGUGGGAUUAAAUAUGGUUUAUCAGAACUUUCAAAUGAUAAAACUUAUUUAGAAACUGAAUUACCAGCUAGAAAAAGAUUUAAACCUGAAUUAUUUAAUACUGCAAAAUGUCUAAAUAAAAUCUAUAAGGUGAUAGGGAAUGAGGAUGAAUCCACAAAUUUUGUAAACAAGGAAAAGUAUUCUGGUGAAGUAUCUAAUAUUGUGUCUGGUGAACAGGAAUUUGAAAAUAAUCUCUCUGAAAAAGGAUUUUUAAAAUCUGACUUAAAUGCAGAAAUAAACCAACAGAGCGAAUCAUCUGUAAAGAAAUUUUGUAAAUAUAAUUCAGUUUUCCAAAGCAAUAUUUUGGGUAAUCAAUUUAAAUUGAACUCAAAUGAAGUGAAUGAAUGUAAUUUUAAAAAGAAAUCAGAAAAUCAUGAUUUUGAAAUUAAUUUAGAAAAUGACUCGUGUAAGAAUCUUGAUAAUGACGAAAUCUCAAAUCGAGGUACUGAAAGUGAAACCGAAUUUGAUGAGGAAUUCAACAAGUGUUGCAAAUUGUUAAAUUUAGAUGUUCCUAAAAUUGCAGUUGUUUCAACAACUGACACAAAAAUUGAAAGUGAUAACUGUGGUAGAAAAUUUUUUGAAAACACCAAAAUAGGUAAUCCUAACUAUAAAAAUCAAAAUUUGCAUACAUUAUACCCCCUAUCAAAUAAACUGGUGUCUAGUUUAAAAAAUAUGCCAAAUGAUGAAGGUAUUAGCUUAGAGACAGUUAAUUUAGAUAAAAAAUUAGAAUUGCAAGACGAAUUACUGAAUAAAAAGAAUAACUGUGAAGAUAAUAUGGAGUUCAAAGAUGAAAGUAACUUAGUUUUAUCUACUAUGGUAAUUUCCGAUUCUUUUUCAACAAGCUGUAAUAAAAAUUGCAUUAAUAUGAAUGAUAAAGAUUUUCAUGAUGAGAUUAAUGUAAUUGUAGAAGAUAACAAUUCAUUUGAAUCAGAAUUUAAACAUAAUGAUAAAUAUAAUUCAAAUCUUAAAUUAAAAAAUAUCUUAAAUUUAGAGAAUUCAUCUAUUUGGGAGCCAAAUUUUUUUAUAUCGAAGAGUCAGAAUUAUGAUAGUAAAAGCAACUCUGAACAUCUAAAUUUAACAAUUAAGGACCCUUUGAGUUCUGAUAGAUCAAAAUUCCAGGAAACAAAUCAAAUUAUUUCUCACAAUAAUUUAAAUGUUGAUAAAGAUGAAGUAGGUAAACGUUCAUCUACAAUAAAUGAUUCUGGAGAUAUUUUAAUAUUGUAUGAUGAAAGUGAUCCAAAAGUGACUUCCGAUGAAACCAAAGAAAUCAGUGAAACUAAUGGAUCUGAAUCUGCACAUGCAAUUCUGGAAGAAACAAGUAGUAAAAAUGAGAUUGUUUUCCAUGCUAGUCAAGAAAAUGAUAGUAAAAUUAAUGCAUAUACUAAUAAUGAAGUUGAGAAAAAAGAUAAUUUUAUUUUCAAUAAAAAAAUUGAUCCAUCAGAAGUAACUUAUCCACUUGAUGAUAACAAAAAUUGUGAAUCGCCUGUUUUAGUUGGCACAUCAAAUGACAAUUAUAUUGAAAAUAAAACUGAUCUUGAUACCAAACUAAAUGAAUCAUUUGUAUCUGAAUAUGAAAUCUCCUUAUUAGAAGAUACUGACUCAAUUCUUAGUGAAGAAUCUUUGGAUUCUGAAUAUGAAACCUCUUUGUUAGAAGAUGAUAUAAAUAUGGAAAAUCAGAACGAAAUGCAUGAAAAUAAAUCUUCCAAUGUUGAUGAGAAGGAUGAAAAAAGUUAUGAAGGAUAUGCCAAAGAAUUUAAAGUGGAUGAAAAAAUUCCUGAAGGGUAUGCCAAAGAAUUUAAAGUAGAUGAAAAAAUUCCUGAAGGAUGUGCCAAAGAAUUUAAAGUGGAUGAAGAAAAUGAACAAACUAUUGGUAAAAUUAACUUAUCCGAAAAAGAAACUGAUAAAAUUAUUUUCAAAAUCAAAAUAUGCUCAGAUAAUAUCUUUGAAACAAAUAUUGCUUCUUGUCCUAAAGAAAAAAUUACAUCUAAUCAUCAAAUUGCUACAAAAACUGAUUUGGAUGUGACAAAAUCAGUUCAGGAAAAAGAAAUGCAAAUAUUCAAUAAAAUCGGAUCAAGUGAAAAUACAAAUGACAAACCUGAACAAAAUUUACCUGCUAUAAUUGAUGGCACGACAACUCUAAAAUCAGAGCAACCAGCCAAUUUAAAGUCUGAAAACCCAAAUGAGUUUGAUGACAUUCAUAUUAAAAGAGAGUUACCAGAAAAUAUUGAUGCUAGUCAUUGUCAGUUAAAACUUGAAACAAAUAAUGGAUCUCAGACUUCAAAUAAAAUGACGUUAAAUAAUAACAAAUUUAAAAACUCAAAAGAGGUUGCAAUUAUAACUCCAAAUAAACAUAUUGCAGAGAGUGCUAACAUCAAUAAACCCAUAACUGAAAAAUCUGUGAAAAUAGAACUAGAUGUACUCAAUAAUGGUGAAUUAAAACAAAAUCUAAAUGAGGAAUAUCAACUUUCAAGUGAAGCGGUAUUCAAGAACAAAAAGAAUGAAAUUAGAAAGAAUAAAGAAAAGGAAUCUGUUGCUAAUACAGAAAAGCAAUUUACAGAAAGUACAUCCAAUGAUAAAGUCAUCAGUGAAAAGACUGUGAAAACAGAUUCAAAAGUCUCUACUAGUGGUGAAUUGAAACAGGAUGUACAAAAUAUAAUUUAUGAUUAUUAUGAAGAAGAAAAGGAAGAUUUAAUAAAUCCAGGUUGGAACAAAAUAAGAGAAUUAUCAACUGAUGAAGAGAGAUAUCGGCAGGUAAGAGACUGUUGGAAAUCUAAAAACAUUCCAAAUCCUUUCAAGAAUCUUACAUAUUAUUCAUACCGAAAACGUAAAGUUGCUUGUUCAGAAAAUAACAAUCGUGAAACAAAGCAGCAUAAACGACAUGCUUCGACCAACUUAAAUGAUAAGAACGCAAAACGUUCUCGUUCAUGUACUUAUAUUUUUGAUGAUCGAAUAAAGUCCAUUGAAAAAGAAAAAGAAAUUAAAGCAAAGACCUUAGAGGAUAAGAUGUUGAAUGAAGUCAGUCGUAUAAAUGAACUACAUUUCCAAGAGGAAACAGUAUUGGAGCGCUUUUAUGGUUAUAAUUUUGAUACCAGAAGGCAGUUCCAACUUAAUAGUCUUAGAAGAGAUUAUGAACAAAGAGUUUCAUCAGUGACAGCUAGAUAUGAACAAAAAAUAAAUGUUUGCUGUGAUAAAUACAUAACUGAAAUUAAUAACUUAAAAAAUAGCCGAAACGAGGUUUUGCAGUUUUAUAGUUUUUACAAAGGUUUAAAUACAAACGAAUAUAAAGAUCCUACAGUUCUAACUAAUUCUCAAAUACAAGAAUUGGAAGAAAUUGAAAAUAUUUAUAACCAAAUGGAUCUUCUUUAUAAAUAAAUGGUUUCUCCAAAGAGCAUUUUAUGAGCUGAAAAUGCUUAUUUUUGUGCAUUAUAAUACUAGAAUUCAAAGUUAAUUAUUUGGAUUUGUUAAGUGUAAAGAAAAAUAUAGAAUAAUAAAAUGUUUAAUCAUAUCAAAAGAAUAAUGAAGAAAUUAAAUUUUAAAAUUAUAUUAGUGAUCAAAUCUGCUCUUUAACUACUCUCUUUUGAGAUUGAAUUUUUAUAAAGUAUAGCCAAAUUAUCUUCAUGCAAUAUCGCUUCAUUUCUUUAAAAAAUAAAAUGAAUUUUUAGACAAAGAUUAGAGCAAGGAUUCUUUAUUUACAGUAAAUUUAGAGUAUAAAACGAUUUUUAAAUUGAAAUUGCUGUCUUUAUGUCUUAAAGAAAUUAUUUAGAAAAGUAAUUUCUUUAAGAAUGAAAUUACUAAACAGUGUGAUAAUUUUUUAAUUGCUAGAAUCAGACUAAUGGGCAUAAUUAAAUGAAGAGCAAGGUCAUUUUUAUAAUUUAAUUGACUUUUCUUAUUUUAAAGAACCACAUUUAGUAUGGCAGCAAAUAAAAUGAAGGUAACUGAGUUUCUCUUGAUUUUUUUUAACUUCUAAAGCACAAAGAAAAUUGAAAAUUACAGAAACCAUUUUGAAAUCUACUAUAUAUUUUUCUUUAAUAAUCAUAGAGGAAUUGUAUUUAAAAUUUUAAUGAACAGCAAAAUAUUUUCAUUUGAAAAUAAUUACUGUUCAUAGCUCUGAAUUUGUAAAUUGUUAGUGUUUUAACAUUGAAAUUGUAUUUAAAUUGAA